CUCUCUCUCUCAUUGGCUCUCCAUUGCAGUGAGGAGGGAAAUGUGUACGCUGAGAGACAACAUGGAGCUGGGAGAAGGAAGCGGAGGACCCGUCGUCGACGACGGUGUUCAUUUUUAAGUUCGGCGGUGACAGCGAGUCGGACCCCCGCGGGUUGAUCGUCGCGAGAUGUUAGUAUUGACGGCAACCCCCUUGCAGUGAAGAUUUUGAUCCGGCAAGUCUCCUUACAACCUCCCAAGGUUCUGCGUACAUCUAACCCCUUUUUGAUGUCAACAUGGAGUGCGGCGAAAACAUCCCAGCCCAAGAUGAACAUCUUAAAUCAGACCGCUUGAAUCUCAGCGGACUGUACCAUGUGGGUCGGACCUUGGGGAGGGGCCACUAUGCAGUGGUCAAACUGGCUCGACAUGUCAACACAGGACAGUUGGUCGCUAUCAAGAUGAUUGACAAGACCAAACUCGAUGUCAUGGCGACAAGCCACCUCUUACAGGAAGUCAGAUGUAUGAAGCGGGUGCAACAUCCCAACGUAGUUCGCCUUUAUGAGGUCAUCGACACACCCACCACCCUUUACCUGGUCAUGGAACUGGCCGAGGGGGGCGACCUGUACGAUUACAUCCUUCGCCACGAGACGGGCGUUGCUGAGGGCACCGCCAAACGCCAUUUUGCCCAGAUUGUGCGCGCUGUAGCGUACUGCCACGAGCUCCACGUGGUGCACCGAGACCUGAAGCCAGAGAAUGUGGUGUUCUUUCCUCAGCAGGGGGCAGUGAAACUGACAGACUUUGGCUUCAGUAACCUAUUCAAACCUGGGACCAUGUUGGCCACUAGUUGUGGAUCCCUGGCAUAUUCGGCACCUGAGAUUUUGUUGGGCGAAGAGUAUCAUGCUCCAGCUGUGGAUAUCUGGUCUCUUGGGGUGAUCUUAUAUAUGUUAGUGUGCGGGGUUCCUCCCUUCCAGGAGGCCAACGACAGUGAAACGCUGGUAAUGAUUUUGGAUUGUCGUUACUCCAUCCCCGAUCACAUCUCAGGAGACUGCAGAGAUCUGAUCUCCAGGAUGCUCCAGAAGGAUCCAUCAGUCCGAGCGUCGCUGCAAGAAAUCGAGGCUCAUCACUGGUUGCAGGGGUUGGACAAUGUGCUGCUCAGCCCAGAGGCCCCUCCCCAUUGGCUGUCAGGGGCGCUCUCCUCUACCUUGCCGCUUUCCCGAAUGGUCGAGUCCGGCGACCUGCUCGCUGCCAAACCGCAGUCUUUACCGGCGCCACGGCAGGUCAACCUCAGCUACUCGCUUCACCCGCCACCGGUCGAGGAACCUCGCGCCACCAAGAACCUGCCAGCUCUCCUGCAGAUCUGUGAGGAAGAGGAGGAGGAGGAAGAGGAAGAAGAGGAGGCCAACCUGGCCAAAGAGUGUGAGGGUUUAUUGUCUUUGUCUGUGACUGAGCUACAGAAGGACACAGAGGUCACACAAGAAGGUGUGGACGAUCGAGAGGAAAUGGAGGAGCAGGGCAUGAGCCCGGAGGAGACGUUGGAGGAUGAGGAUGAUGGUGCAGACAUGGAGAUAGAGCACACGCAAAGCACAUGCGUGAUUUCAUACCAACCGGUCGCUCACCUAGACAAUCACGUGAGUCACGCGCCUGAGCCCCCCUCCUCAUGUGAGGCUGAGGCCGCUUUGAGGGUGCCGUGCUGCCAGGGGUGGAGCGAGAAAGCCCCCCACCAAGAGACGGAGCCAAACAACAACUUCAAUAAAGCCGCCUCCGCAACCCCCAAGAAAGUAAAGACAAGCCGUAGAGGGAAGAAGGAACAGAGGAUGGACACGGGCGCCAGGGAGGACUUUGUGACAGACAAAUCUCAAGCACGCAAUGCGACGGGGUCUUGGGACGAAGCCGCCAACGGCGCCAGGAUGGAGCCGGCGGGGAAACGCCACAGCCUCAAACUGCGCGAGCGCCUCUUCCAGCUGCCCUUGUGUGAGAAAGCUCUGUCUUUCAACAUCCCCACAAACAACAAAGCUAAGAUUCUCCCACUGGCUCAGUACAACUGUUGCCAUGUGCUCUAAAUGACACCGCCUGAGACACGCACACUCCCAGCGUGGUUCCAUGAGACAUUCGAGUGCCCGCUUGAGCCGAAAACACGACGUUAAGCUCCAGUUUGUCUCCGGCACAGUGGCUUGAGCAUCGGCAGUCGCUUUGCGGCUUUGAGAGUGUAGCAAGCACACUGUACCUGCCCGUCCUGAAGAAGAGAAGAAGGUGCUCCUUCAUGAGGUUUCUACAAUAAAGGCUUCACAGAAAAAAAAAGCACUUGUUUCUUCUUCUCCUGCCCUUUGCACAACCUGCUUCUCUGGUUACAAACCUCUUAAUAUAAGCUGAGAGACUGUUACAAUAUAUUAUGAUAUGCUAUACGCUAUAAUAUGCCUCAGACUGAGAUGAUUGUAUCAUUCUCUGUCCCCUUAACGUUCCGUCUGUGGACCACUCGCCCUAUUAGUUUUUGUUGUCACGACUGGGAUGCGACCAACACUUUUCAAGUGUGCCACUCGUCAUGGGAACCACGUGACUUGCCGUGCAUGCUGUUACCGUUAUUUAUCACCGUAUACCUCAAUAUCGUGUCUUGGCUUUUGCAGGACACUUGCUGUUGUCUUGUUACCUUGAUUGCACACAGUACGGCACAGUUCCUGGUAGCUUCCUACUGUACAUCGAAGGAAUAUGAGUUACGUGUCACAUAUUGAUAGAGGAGUCACAACAUGUAUAUUUGGUGUACUAUUUUCACAUCCACUCAUGUCUUAUUUGAGGUGAAGAUGAUAAAUGUAGAUACAUUUUGUACAGUGACAAGGGCCAAAGCUGUAGAAUAAGCUACUGUACAGUAUAUAUAUGGUUUCCCCCCUCUAGCUUGCAACUUAUUCGUAUUCAUUUUUUACAGUUUCGUGCCCAAACUGGGUAUCCAACCUAAUGGUUCCCGCUUAUAGCGUGACAUCUGAUUAUCGCUCGUAUUUCAGCAAACAAUGUAAGGGUAAAAUUUGUACCAAGAACAGAUUAUAUAUAGAAGUAAUUAUUCCUACACUUGCAGCCUGCCUCUCCCUGGUGUGUUCUGUCUACGACUGCUUUGUAAUUAGAGGACCUAGUCUCUCUGGAAUCAUGUACUUAUUUUUCUGUAUCUAUUUAUUAAAAUUGAUUAAAUCAAUGUCA